ACGAGGUGAGGGCAAAUGAAGCUGCGUGUUUACUCCGGAUGGCUUUGUUCUUCCUAUCGUUCCUAUCGUGCUCAAUGAGAUGCUCGGAUGCUCCUAUCUCAUACUUCAGUAAUACUCAAUAAUAAUAGCAUUCUGGUGCUGCUUACUCCGUACUCCGACCCUUGGGGAGCCAUGCAGCAUAGACGCAGCUAUAAAACAGGCACCAUGCAUGUCCAGGAUCGCCUGGCUCCCUCCUCGAUUCAUGGCAUCCAGGAUGAAACUGAGCCUCCUUGCAGCGCUCCCCCUCCUCGCUCUUGCCGGGGCAAGACCCUCUGCACGCUCUUCCUCCAUCGCCUAUGUCGACGUCUCCGUCACCACAGUCUGGACGGACCCCAGCAAAGUACGCCCCGUCGAUGGGCCUGCGCUCUCCAAUCCCGUCCGCAUCCAGCAGUGGCUGGACACCAUGACCGUGGAUGAUUUCCGCGAUCUCACCAACUCGGGUCGCACGCAGACGCAGGCCCUGUACGGCACCCCUGUCGAGAUCCUCGGCUACCAGGACGGCUGGUACGAGGUCGCCGUGUCCGGACAGCCCACGCCCAAGAACGCCUACGGCUAUCCGGGCUGGAUCCCAGCGGUGCAGGUCAGCUUCGACGACCGCUUCGGCGCCCUGCAGUCCUCCAAGCCCUUUGCGGCUGUCGACAAGGUCGCCAAUACCACUCUCUACCGCGAUGUCUGGCUGACGGAGAAGUGCAUCGACGUCGCCUACGACACGCGUCUCCCCGUGAUUGGGGUGUUCGGCGAGGCUGUCCAGGUCGCUGUGCCGGGGGGUGGAUCGGCGUACAUCCGCAUCUUCGAUGUCAGCAUCUACGACUCGGUCAAGCACAUCCCCUAUCCCACCGGCGAGGAUCUCAUCCGGUCUGCCAAGCUGUUCCUCGGUCGUCCGUAUCUCUGGGGUGGUACGUCGGGCUAUGCCUUUGACUGCUCUGGUUUCACGCACACCUUGUACGAUGCCCAUGGCAUCACCGUCCCCCGUGAUGCCGAUGCCCAGGCAGACUUCACCGGCCAUGGCAGCCCUGUUGAUCGCGCGGAUCUGCAGCUCGGCGAUCUGCUCUUCUAUGCGGACAAUACCAGCGAUCCCAGCACUAUCUACCACGUUGCUAUGUACGCGGGCGAUGGCAAUAUGGUCGAGGCGUACGAUUCCGGCACUCCCAUUCGCGUUACUCCGGUGCGCUUCAAUGAGGAUUACUGGGGUGCCGAGCGAUUCCUGCAUUGAUGGUUUGAUUCUGUAUAUACAAUAGCCUCAUAGACAUGCUCAUGUACAUACACACCCACUACUGUGCCAAAUAUAUUAAACAUGC